AUGGAUCACACUGUACCCGAGCUGAAAGAUAAAUCAUUAUUUAUCGGCAAAUGUUAUAUUGAUGGCCAAUGGGUUGACGCCCAGUCCGGCAAGACUUUCCAGGUCUUUGAUCCCGCCACUCAAAAACUGAUUGGAACCUGUCCAGAGUCCAGCUCCGUCGAUACAGAGAUAGCUAUAAAUGCGGCAGCAAACGCCUUCGAAUACUUUCGUAAGACGCCGGUUCGAGAAAGAUCUCGGAUGCUGCGAUGCUGGUUCGAGCUUAUCUUGCAGAACCAAGACGACAUAGCUACUUUGAUCACCUGGGAGAAUGGCAAAGCAUAUGCAGAAGCCAAGGGUGAAGUCAACUACGCAGCCGCCUUUAUCGAGUGGUUUAGUGAAGAAGCCCCUAGAUUGUAUGCCGACAGCAUCCCUGUUUCUGUCCAUGGUAACCGUGUUGUUACUAUCAAGGAGCCAGUUGGUGUCUGUGGCCUAAUCACGCCUUGGAACUUUACAGCUGCGAUGAUAACUCGCAAAAUCGGACCGGCACUAGCUGCAGGAUGCACAGUUGUCGCAAAAAGUCCUGGGGAAACACCAUUUACCGCCAAUGCCCUUGCUGAGCUAGCACACCGCGCAGGUAUCCCUCGCGGAGUAAUCAAUAUUCUCACAGCGCAGGAAAAUGCGGUGAAUGUCGGCCACAAACUUACAACCCAUCCUAAGAUUCGAAAAGUGUCUUUCACGGGGUCCACACGUGUAGGCAAGCUUCUCAUGAACCAAGCCUCGUCUACGUUGAAACGAGUAUCCUGGGAAUUGGGAGGGAAUGCACCUUUUAUAGUAUUUGACGAUGUAGAAGAUUUGGACACUGCCGUCACAGGGCUAAUCCAGUCAAAGUUUCGGGGAACCGGACAGACAUGUGUUUGUGCCAAUCGCAUUUAUGUUCAUCGCUCACACUAUGACGUGUAUGCUGAGAAGCUUGCAACUGCCAUCAACAAAUUCCAGGUGGGACCUGGCUUCGCGCCUGGCGUCACCCACGGGCCACUCAUCCACCAAGCCGCUGCUGAUAAAGUAGUAGCGCAUAUCGAAGACGCCAAGUCCAAAGGGGCGCGGGUCCUGGUGGGUGGUGAACGCAUGAAUCAUCUAGGAGUGAAUUUCAUCCAGCCGACGAUUUUGACAGGUAUGACCCAUGAGAUGCGAGUCGCAUCCGAAGAGACUUUUGGUCCUGUGGCUGCACUGUUUGCGUUUGACUCGGAGGACGAGGUUAUCCAGCUUGCAAACCGCUGCGAGGUUGGAUUAGCAGCCUAUAUUUAUAGUCGCAACAUCCGACGCGUCUUUCGCGUGGCUGAAGCGUUAGAAGUGGGUAUGGUAGGUGUUAACACUGGCAUCAUUAGUGAUGUUGCUUCUCCGUUCGGCGGAGUCAAGGAAAGCGGGUUUGGUCGGGAGGGGAGCAAAUAUGGCAUUGACGAGUUUAUUCAUGUGAAGAGUAUUACCAUUGGAGAUGUUGAUGGUACAGCAGAUCCCGAAAAGAAGAAGUAUUUCAAAAUCCAGGCAAAUCACAAAGCCGCGCCCGGAGCGCAGUACUCCAAGGAUGCCGUCAAGCGGAAGCGUGUGGACCAUGAGAGGCGCCAAAAGAAGGUUCACCUGACGAAGAAAAUAGCCAGGGAGAAGAUCAAAAAAGCAACUUCUCUGGAAAAUCCCCUCUUUAGUAUCAUGAGGGACGUCGAAGCCUGUAAUGUUUCAAAUAGUGCUCGACAGGAGCAACGAGGCUUGCUGUAUGCGAGUCAGCUCCGUCGGAACCAGUUACAUCAAUUUGAGCCUUGGCCAGAUGAAUAUUCAAUUAGGCACGUUUUGCGCAAUAAGCGCUCUGGAAUCUUGGUUGCGAGCGGCCAUCGUGGUGGGGAAUCGUCAGUUUCUGUAUGCUUUCCCGAUUGUGACCAGGACGAUUGGACGUAUAACCGCACAAUGGAACGUGUGCUCUUUAAAGAGCCGUACAGGCUUUCGUCUAUUUCAUUAAGUCAUACCGGGUACCUAUUAGCAACUAUGGAUAGCGGGCCAAAUGGAGAGUCGUUCCUGGCACCCCGAAUGUUACCCGAUCCGGAUGAAUGUGGAGAUUAUCGAUGGCCGCCAUCUUUCUCACAUCCCAUCCGCAUCCGCACAGCGACCUCACUCUGGUGUUCUGCAGCAUGUCCAGAGGGAACCAAACCCGUCUUCGCCAUCGGAACAUCCGACGGUUUGCACACGCUUGAAGGCUACGGGAGUAAUUGGGCCCUAUCAAAGAAGCCAUUCGCCAAUGAUCGAUUCACGGGGAAACCAAUUCUCCACCGACGAGUAGACUCCUCCCACGCCCUAGUCACCAGUGUCGAAUGGCUAUCUUGCGAUGUAAUCGCCGCAGGUCUCCAAGACUCCGCAAUAUUUCUUCAUGACCUUCGAAGCGGAGGAACCGCAACUCGACUACAACAUACUCAUUCCAUUUCUAAGCUCAGAAAGGUUGAUCAGUAUCGCAUUGUCGUUGGAGGGCUGAAUUCGCUCAAAAUGUACGAUAUUCGCUUCCCCCCGAACGGUCUCCAACGCAACCCAAACCCCAAUAACAAGCACCAUACGUCGACGAAGCCUUACCUCACCUUUCCAGACUAUACCCCCGGCUUCAUACCUGACUUUGACCUCAGUUCUGAACUAGGACUUCUUGCAAGCGGUUGGUUUGAUCCCUCUUGA